UGGAACCGGAAGUAGAAAUGCAACCAUAUAGAAUGGCUUCGUUCAACCGUCCCUCAACCCCACCAAGUAAUCCUGGUUCAGGAAGGCCCUGGAUGGCUACGUCAAGCCCAAGAAAAGCUCUAUUUCGAUCGCCGGCUGCCAUUGAAGAUACCCAGUCUGCAGAUCUACAGUUAGAUAAAAUGGAAGUUGAGCAGCUGACAGAGAACUGUGUGAAAAAUCUACAGAAAGAGAUCCACGAGCAGAGACUGAAUGACCUUCGUAAGAAGAUGGUUUGGCUGACGGAGACAGACUGGAAGUACAAGAGACCAGAGGAGCUGAUCGGUCUAGAGAAAUGAGAGCAUCUUCUGUGAUGUCAUUGAUAAUGUCAUUGAGGACGUCAUUGACAAUGUCAUUCAUGGUGUCAUUCAAGGUGUUCUAGAGGUGAAGGUUGUUGCCCUUUCUCUUGUAGGGAGAGGGGAGGUACUGAAUUGUGCAGGUGGGGGAGGGGAAUGCAAAGAAAGAAGUUUGUCGCUUUGAUGAGAUAAAAGAGUAACCUGCCACCAGUGCUUAGUUUGAACUGCGUGGAGAAAUAACUUGUCAUAUAUGUCAUUGACAAUGACAUUGAGGAUACCCUUGAGAUGAUAGAAGGUCAUUGUCUUUCUUUUUAUGGGGUGAAGAAAGGCAUAAUUUAACUUUGCCAGAAAUUAUGCAAAGAAUGUUUGCCACUCUGAUCAGGAGAAAGAAGAUAACUCGGCACAAAACAUCAUUCUAAAU